AUGUUGAGAGCAAGCCAACUGUUAAGCAAUAUUCGCAGCUUCAAACACUCCAACCUUCUUCCGCUAUCGUCAGUAUGGCCAGACUCUCGAAGAUCAGCAGUGCUGAUCUUGCUCUUCAUAGGGCAUAACGGUGAAUUAAGAGUACUUCUUACAAGGCGGUCAAAGGGACUCAGAAGCUUCUCUGGACAUGUAUCACUUCCUGGGGGGAAAGCAGACAAUAAUCAAGAGACUUUUGAGGAGGUAGCCAGACGAGAAGCUGAAGAAGAGAUUGGAUUACCGCGAGAUGCAGAGAUCCUACACGAGAAAUUUGGAAUGAAGAUAGAUCAUAUAUCAACUCAGAUGCCUUGCUAUUUAUCACGAACCUUCCUAAGUGUGAAACCAUUGGUAUGUUUCCUGCAUAACGAAACCGCUGACGGCGAGGCACCAUUGGAUGCCUCUCGAUUCUUCGGCAAAUUGAACCCUGGUGAGACGUCCUCCAUAUUCUCGGUGCCUCUCAGUGACAUGGUAUGCCAUCUGCAGCCAGACUGCAAAGGCUAUGAGCCAGAAUACGUAAGUCGCAGAGAACAUAUGUCACGGUGGGGUGGGUUAAAAUGGCCCAUGAGACAUUACUACUAUCCUGUCAGCAACCAUAACGACGUGGGAUGGCUAAAUGAGAUUGAGGACACAAGCUCAGCCGAUGAGCUGCAAGAAAGCACUGCUUGCCGCGAUCUGUGGGGCCUUACCGCCAAAAUCUUGUACGAUCUAGCCCGAAUAGCCAAUGAUAUGUUAAGCAAAACGGAUAUGGAAUGGGAUAUAGGGCAUGAAGAGCUGAUAUACGGACUUCACGAGUACGGGAAUCAGUUGCAAGGUGAGAAGAGAAGUGAGUGGGAAAUUGGCAUGAUAUCGGGCGAGAAUAAGCUCAAGUAUGCUGAUGUUAUUCCGGGGUACUAUAUGAAAAGAUUGAGGCAGGUGGCCUCCAAAUACUGA